UGUGUUUAUCCAGUCUGACCGAGGUAGAGAUACCGGUUGGUCGUGUGUAAAGUGUGACUCUAGUUAAAUUUAAUUUUAUUAUCAAUAAACCAUGGAAGCCAAUGGUAAUGGUCAUAAUCAAGAGAGCAGCGUCAUGAGAAUUGGAUCUAGAGAUAGUGAGCUGGCUCUCAAACAGACGUACAUGGUGAGAGAUUCCCUACAAAAGAUACAUCCCGACAUGAAAUUUGAGAUUGUGACUAUGAAAACCAAAGGAGACAAGAUCCUGAAUGUUGCUCUAUCCAAGAUUGGCAGCAAAAGCCUCUUCACUAAAGAGCUGGAAAUCGCCCUAGAAGAGGGGACGGUAGAUAUUGUCGUCCAUUCACUUAAGGACCUCCCAACCACACUCCCUGAUGGUAUGGUCAUUGGUGCAAUCUGUGAGCGUGAAGACCCUCGCGAUGCAGUUAUCAUGCACCCAAAGUACUCAGAGUGCAAAUUAGCUUCUCUUCCUAAAGACUCUGUCAUUGGAACCAGCUCUUUACGGCGAGGUGCUCAGCUCAAGAGACGAUUUCCUAAUCUCAAAUUUGAGAGUGUAAGAGGGAACCUGAACACACGAUUACGGAAACUUGACGAAGCGGAUGACUAUGCAGCUUUGAUCCUGGCUGUUGCAGGAGUGGUUAGGAUGGGAUGGAAAGACAGAAUUUCUCAGUAUCUUGAUGAUGACCUGUGCAUGUAUGCGGUGGGUCAGGGAGCACUUGCUGUGGAGUGCCGAGAAGGAGACACCAACACGAUAGAACUGCUAGGCCAACUUUGUCACGCCCAGACAAUGAUUGCUACCACAGCUGAGAGGGCCUUCAUGAGGACAUUAGAGGGUGGUUGCUCUGCGCCUGUGGCAGCUCAUACAAAAAUGACAGAUGACAGCAUUGAGCUGAAAGGUGGAGUCUGGAGUCUGGACGGAUCAGAGGAACUCCUCAAAACCCAGUCAGUGUCACUUCAGGCAGCUGAUUCCACUGAUGGCAUGCAACCUCCUGCAAAAAUGGCAAAGACCUCCCUUACUCUUUGUGGCAUUGUGCCCCAUCCAAAGUAUGCUGAGAGCAUGAUAAAAGCACAUGGACUUGGAGUAGAUCUGGCCACUGCAUUGUUGGAACAAGGUGCUGAAAGGAUCUUGAAAGAGGCCAAGGCUGCAAAUGCUGCCAGUGCCCCAAAUGUUCCACCACAGAAAGUAGCUGUUCUUAGUGAAUCUUUUCAAGAGAAAGACGAACAGACAGUUCAGAGUUCAUAGACUGUGUUUUAGGCUGAAAUCCGUAGUAAUGAAAUUAUAUUCUUAAUGAAUAUGUAUACAUAUAUAUAUAUAUAUAAUAGGAAAUUAAUGACAAAUAUGAAAUUGAUUGACAAACUGUAUAUUUUUUAUGAUGGAGACUGUGAUCAAUUUGCUCUUUGUAUAAUACUUCUAAUAUGUAUAUAAGACUUAUGACUCAAUACCAGCUUACAGCAUAAGCAGAUGUCUUUGUGAUAGAGCUGUGCCUUUUUGGUAGCUGUUGUAUAUUUAUGUUUCUAUUAUAAGAAUAUCUGUCAGAAAUAUUAUUAUAAGUACAUAUCAAAGAUCUGACUUGUAAAAAAAAGGGAAAAUGAAGGAAAUACCUCUUUCCAUUGUCCAUUGUUUGCUGCAGCAAAUUGAUUGGUAUAUUUGCCUAUAAUUGUGUCAUUUUUCAUGCUAUUGUUGUGUUCACAUCCACAAUAAAUAUGAACCAUGAAUUAACAUUAUAUAGUGCUGUUGUGUUCUUUAUAUUGUGUUCUUGGGGCAGAUUGCAAUAUUAAUUUUUAGUAAAGGUACUUUUAUGUAACUUUUCUUGUCUUCCAUAACUGUGAAGAGUAUGAAUGUUGUUGAGCUGUACUUAAUUUAUUGUUUACUGUCAGAUAGUUUCAUGACAUAAAAAUGGUGACUUUCCAGUGAUUUGAUAAUAGUAAAUUUUAAAAUUAAUCCAUUGAUGCUAGCUAUUUGUACUGUUCUCUGUAGUUUUGUUUUGUGAAUUAAAAAAAAAGUACUAUUGACAUUAUUACUGUUAUUAUUUAUAAUUUAUUGUUGUUGUUAUUAUAAUCAUUAUCAUUUAUUUAUUUACUACAUAAUAAUAAUUUUGAUGUUAACAUCACUAAUAACAAUAAUAAUAAAAUAUAAAGUUUUGCAAAAAUCAAGGAAAAGGGAAACAGGUGAUAUUAAGUACGACUAGUAACUGAUUUCUUGGUGAAUAAGCAUUUAUUGAGCAAUCAAAAAAAAGAGAAAAGAAAAGAAAAAGAAGAGUCAAAGUAGACAUAGCAGAUGAGUAUAGUAUAUACCAUCAAGUGUCAACAGGUCAGUGUUACUGUUUGGAAUAUAAUAAAAUGACAUUUUUGUGUUCAAUGUACUUUUGAAGUAUUAAAAUGAUAUUUGUAUGAAUCUUUAUUAUGAAGCACAAUGUUAAUGACUGAUUUUAGGUUCUUGAAAUAGAGAACCAUAGAAUUUAAAUUUGUAAAAAAUGGUGAACAGUACACAUUAAUGAAUUUAUCUUGCUAUUAAGGUUAUGCUGCAAAUACCUUCCCUUUCUCUUGAGUGUUCGGAGAAUGUUUAUUUAGAACAAAAAAGAACAAAAUUUAUAUUGAUUUUUUAAUAGAAUUAUUAUUAAUUAUCUAAUAUUAUCUAGGCAGUUUGUAUGUCAUUAUGAGCACAUACUCAAGAGCGAUGGUGAUAAUGUUUAUUCAAAAUGUACUACCUAUUCUACACAAUUAUAUCUGGUUUAUAUUACUCCUUUACAUAUUAUCAUAUAUAUUUGUCUUGUUCAAAAUUUUACAUACCAUGUGGUGCUAGUUUACUUUUAUACUAAAAUCUUUGCAAGCAUCAUAUUUUUUUGUUUGGUUUUAUGCUGUCCUUUAUAACUUGACUCUGGUUUGAGAAAUACAGAAGCAUUAUUUGAAGAGAAAGUAGUUAUAUUAACAAAAAAUGUUAGAAUGCUUAUUGUAUUUAUUUUAGAAUGUUUGAUUUAGGUUGUGAGUAUGGAAUGAAUUAUGCCUUUGAUUUUUUUUUGCCAUUUUU